AUUAAUCAAUCAGCUCUUCCCCAAUUCGUCAAUUUCUUCAACCCUAAUUCUUCUCUGUUUCUCAGAUCUACCAAACUUGAUCUCCAAUGGUUUCCUCAGCACCACCAGUCCUCCCAAUCUCCAAUCCCCAAACCGUUCCAUCCGCCGCUCCUCCCUCCGUCGAAUCUCAACCACCGAUCGCAACUCCAGCUUUCCGCAAUUUCAUCAAUCAGAUCACCGAAACCGUUAAAAACGGUCUCUCUAAGCGUCGUCCUUGGGCUGAGCUCGCCGAUCGUUCCGCAUUAUCCAAACCUGAAUCGAUCUCCGACGCUGCUGUUCGUAUCCGCAAGAAUUACUCGUAUUUCAAGGUUAAUUACCUCACCGUCGCUACAGCGAUCGUCGGAUUCUCUCUCGUGACUCAUCCUUUCUCUCUCGUUUUCCUCCUCUGUCUCCUCGCGUCGUGGCUCUUCCUCUACUUGUUCCGUCCCACGGAUCAACCGAUCGUCGUCUUCGGUCGUACAUUCUCCGAUCGUGAAACGUUAGGGUGUUUGAUCUUGUUCAGUAUCUUUGUGAUUUUCCUCACCGAUGUUGGAUCUGUUCUUGUUUCGGCUAUGAUGGUUGGUGUUGCGUUGAUCUGUGCUCAUGGUGCUUUUAGAGCUCCGGAAGAUCUUUUCCUUGAUGAGCAAGAGCCAGCUGCUACCGGAUUCCUCUCUUUCCUCGGUGGCGCCGCCUCUUCAGCCGCGCCAGCUGUCAUCGCCGCUCGCGUGUAAUUGCGACUCCGAUCUACCAUUCCCUCGCUUGGGUAACUUUUUUUUUUAAAAAACUUUUGAUAAAUCUUUCUAUAUGAUUCGUUUGUUGAAUUUGAUACUUAGGAACAAUAAACGAAAAAUUGUGGA